UCAAUAUCCGUCGCCUUUUUCCCUCGUACAAGUAGGCUGUCUAAGCCGGAAGAAGUAAAUCUAGCGCCAUAAAACGAUUAUAUACAAGGCCAUACUCUCUGACCGAUGGUGGUUUACCACAAGACGGCAAACAUUAAAAUGUCGAAUCGAGCCUUUACUGCUAGCAACAUUCUAAGCAAGUAGUGAUCGCCAGUCUACUAUGUCUACGAGCGAACGACUCCUACUCGACAACAUUGUUGCGGCGAGAACGCUAGCAAACGGAUAUUCGUUAUAGGAUUUCAGUGGAGAACCAGCGGUUGUCACAAGGUUUCCUGUCAACCUGUCAGGCCACAAUAGUAUCUAUUUGGCCUGUCGAGACUGCUGUGUUAAAACGGGCAUUUUCGCUGCAAAGUCAAACUUUACAAUCAUCUGUGAUAAGUUUCGUAGUUUCAAAGUUAUCAUUUGAAGGAACACAUUAUUAUAGGAACAGUUACGUAUCAACUAACAAAAGCCUCAAGAAUAAGUAAGUUGAAAAAGGUAAAAUCGUCUUUUAGUUGGAAUUGUAUUGUGUGUGUCUAUUGCUCCCGCCUGUACGCUGAUUGAGCUAACAGCAUGGGCGGAAAUGCACGGAAAAACUUCAUGGUCAGGACGACACGCUACAUUCUCGUCCGGCUGCUUAAGUUACUGCAGAACGACUAUCCAGUUAGGGAUGAUAUAUCUUUACAAGAGCUAACACGGAUUUUGGCCUGCCACCUCUAUUUUCGCUAUGCUCGACAAUCAAUGUUCCCUGUCUAUGACUGUUGCUCCACCGACCCGGUUAGCAGAGGCAUCCUUAUUCCGGAAGAAGAAAAACGACUUGAGUAUCCUAUUCCCCAGGCCGCACUCGAAUUUGGGGGUCCUCAAGAACUAUUGUUAACUGGAAUGCGAACCUCGGGAGAGUUGCUAAUGAUCCGCAUGGUUCGCGCAGAACAGAGACGAGCACAAAUUCAUAUCGUUUUCAAAGACAGCAAAAAUCGUACAUUCGUUUCAUCCAGCUGCGGCAGGAACGCUAACAGCGAGGCCUGUCGAGUUUUGACCUUGGAUAUCAGCCAGGGCAAAACAUUUCAGGCAGGCGGAUUGCGUCUGGAAUGCAUGGAACCUAUGCGAAAAUGGAGGAUCGUUUUCAAUGACAUGUUGAUUAAUAAGGAAACCGGACAAGCCGUCCACGUCAGAGUCGGUCUUCUCUGGUUUUCUAUGAGUCAUGUGAUGGAAUGGAUAAGCAUGGUGCCCAUCAAACGCCUGAUGGACUUCUGCCUAGAGAAAGGAAGUACCAUCGACCGGAUAUCGCAUACAAUCGCUUCUAGUGAAACGUGUAGAGAUCAGUUGAACGGUUAUGAACAAACCGGUUACUACGUAGGAACCUUUAUAAUAGGUGGAGAAUGUACACAGCCAAGAACUUCUACAGGGGCAUCGGAACAACAUAAACCAGUUACGCUGGGCGCAUCUGCUGAGGAACAAGAAAUCUGCCUACGGGGCAAUUUCAUGCGCAUCCGACAUCCUCAGCGACUUGGCAUAAAUUCUCCUGCCCUUAAUGGAUUUUCACACAACUUCAUUUUUAGCAUCAAAGGGCAAAUGAUGCAAAUCAGCACCCAGCAGUUUGCGCAAAGUGGCCGCGGGCUAAUCUAUGGCAGCUUUGUGGGAACAUCUGGAUUUAAAGACCCGAUAGAAAAAGUCCUUAAUGAUCAGGGGCUUGAAGCAGAUGUACAGGACGUCCUUCUCUCACCGGUGCUGAAAUGUCGGACGUUUGAACUCUCCCAUGACCUAUUGCGUUCGGAGGCUGUACCACUGGAGUCCUUCAAGUCCGCUUUAGGAUGGAACAACGAACUUCAGGUUUCAACAUUCGAUGCCACGAUUGACGAUAUUAAGGCUAUUGGUAUGACCAUCGAAGGGGUCGUAAUUGAAGUCGGUAACGACGAGCUCGUCGAACCACCAUUGAAUUUGCUCGACUUCGAAAUCCCGUCAGUUCCAGCCAAAUACGUAAUACCGCUUACGGAUCCACAAUGCAAAAACUGCGAUCUGGCUGGAAGGAAAGGUUCUUCUUUAGCUGUGUUGACCGAACUUUCGAGUAUGACCAAUGGCCGAACUAGAUUUAUGGUUCCCGGCGGUGUUGUGGUUACCACCGAGGCCUUCUGCAGGUUUCUGCAUUCACCCAAAAUGUCGGCUCUUGAGAAGGGCCUGAACAAGGUGCUAUCAACUUCAGCAGUGUCAGAGGUAAAGCGGAUCAUUGAUAGUUGCAAACGGCGUGUAGAGGGUGAGGCUAUGCCGUCCUGCAUUUCAAAACAGAUUUUUGAACAACUUCAAGAGACUUUUCCAAAUUUUUUGUCGAAACGUUUUACUGUGCGAAGUUCGUGUGCUGACGAAGGCUUAGAGGAUAUGUGUGCGACAAGUCAAAUGGAAACGUUUCUUGGAGUUAAAGGGGAAAAAGAGAUAAUAGCUGCCGUGCUGAAAUGUUGGGCAUCCCAACUCAGUUUCGCAGCUGUUGAGUACAAACGACGCUACGGACAAAAACUCCUGAGCAAAAUGGCUGUCCUUGUCAUGGAGAUGGUGCCCGCGGAAUGCGCCGGGCUGAUUCUUACCUGUAACCCAGUAACUGGUGAUCCGUCUACAAUUUACAUCGCGUCAAAACGAGAGAGUGUUGUAUCCGAACUAGUUGACUUGGACACCGUAUGCGUAUCACGUGACAUUAACGGAAAUAUGACUGUGGACCCCGUCGACGUCGGGAAAAAAGAUAUCAUGGUCGUCAUGGGCUUAGGUGGAACGCGCGAAGAAAAAUUUUCGACCUCCCCUGGAGCCCCUCCUCCGUCCAUCAGUCCAUUUCGUGCUGCACAACUUGCGCAUAUCGGCGCUGAGGUGGAACGAUGCUACAGCGACUGCCUUUAUAUUGAGUGGGCGCUCCAAGGCGACAUAGUUUUCCUUCUCCAAGUACGUCCAGUUUCUUUCAUGGACAAACUAUCGGACCAAGAAAUCGCCUUAGAUAUGGAGAUUCCGUCCUGUAACGAGAACGCGUGUUACUCAAAGGUCAACAUUGGGAAAAUCCUAGAUGCCGCUAUGACCCCCCUCAGCACAGAUAUGAUAAAAAAGGAGUGCACAAUUUACGUAAAAAAAGCCAAGGGAAAGUCGCUUCGCGAACGACGAUCGGCAGUGAGCCCCUACGUUGGUGCGCUAUUGAAAGGCUCACAUCAUCAUGUCUUUUUCGAUCUAUCCGAGACGAUCCGAAUAUUUCAGGUAAACAGCAUGGAUAAUCGUCAGAUGGAGUCAGUCAUGCUCAAUCUCUGUGGGAGAGCCUUAGAUAAUCCUGAAUUUCACGAAAUUAUGAAUGAUAAAACUGAUCUGCCGCCGCAUGUGCCUUUUUUUGAAGCGAAAAAUGAAGUCAUUCGGAUGAAGUGGCUUGCAAAAGUUAUCUGGCGAUAUAAUCGAUAUGUCUACCGUAAGAAAGCCCGCUUUCCCUCACCAAAUAUGUCAGCUGAGGAACUUUUCAAUGGGUUCAUAACGGCUCUUAACAUGACGAUUGACUACGGAAUUCGACAGCAUUUAGACGCUUUCUAUGGGUCGUCGCUUUGGAUAAGUGACAUCGUGAAUUACCUACUGUCAAUUAGCAAUGAGUCAACAGAAACAAUAUGCUCAAACAUAUCUGAGCUUCUCGGCUCAGCUCAAGAUGUUCGCGGCUGCAACGCCUACAAAGCACUCGAGAAUCUCUCGCGAGUGAUCCAGUCGGAAAUCGGAAAAGAUAGUUUUUUAGACGCUUCAGAAGACGACGCAAUUGCGCUGCUAACAGACGCUAAGAGUUAUCCCCUGUCAAGCACUGCCUUUCAACAAUAUAUUGACAAACAUGGACAUCGAGAACACAAUCAAUUUGACGUCUACCGCCAGCCACGGGCUUUUAACGCAGUGCCUGUUGUCACAACCCUUCAGGCAAUAAUCCAAAACGUCUCAGGGGAUUCUGAAACCAAACCCGUAAAGGGAAUAUGGCAGGCCAUGCAAGGCUUAACUUGUCAACUAAACUUUUGGCAAAAGCUUCGCUUGAGCUACGUAGUGUACUUUUCUCGAAAAUCUGUUGGCGUUUGUGAAAACACUAAAUCGCUUUGGCUUUCGACUAUACACGGAACUCGACUUUGGAGUUGGGCACUGGCGCGGAAGCUCCACGCUGAGGGACGUUUACCUGAAGAGGAACUUCUCUUCUUCUGUACAAUCAACGAAAUACGCGAAAUUAUGGAAACGCGUGACCCCGCUAUUAUUGCUAGGGCCCAUUAUCGCAAACGAUUAUUCCCCACAUUUGUUGAACUGCAGUUCCCGGAGUACUUUCGUGGCAUACCGAAACCGAUUUUAUCGGAGACUCCAACAUUCGAAGGCCACGUGGUACAAAUGAAAGGCCUUCCCAUUAACGCAGGAAGAAUUAAAGCAAGAGCAAGAGUCAUCUCGAAAUUGGAAAACGUUUAUACUGUCCAGCAAGGUGAGGUGUUAAUCACGUACGCGACGGAUACUAGCUGGAGCCCCUAUUUUCCGAUCCUCGGUGGUAUCGUGACUGAGCUUGGUGGGUUCAUGUCGCACGGAGCUGUACUAGCUCGCAGAUACGGCCUACCGUGCGUCGUCGGACUUACCGGCGCCAGUAAGAUAUUUCAGACCGGAGACCUGGUGCUGCUGGAUGGGACGAAAGGAUAUUUAAUUCGCAUGGAUGAAACUGAAGGUCAGUAGAGUGAAUCUGAGCUGGAGACCAGCGACUCGAGUACGGGGACAUAAGGGUCGUCCCCAUAGGGAGCAGCCAUACUGGACGUUGAAGCGACUCCAAUUACAAGCAAAAUUAUUAAUAGCACUGGCAAAUCAGGGAAAUUUGUACACACUCACAAAUAAACACGUUUAAGCUGGGAUGACGUCUUACAUGUUGCGUAUAGUUCUACUUAAUGAAUAUGAUGCUAGUUUAGACUUAUGCUUGAAAUCAAGAAGGUCUUUGAAUUCCAGAAAGAAUGAUCAACGCUGAAGGGAAAUGCAGUAGAAGGAAAUAAAGCAUUGAAAAAACCUCAUUAACCCUAUUAUUGCGUGUUCCGCUUAGAUACCGGUAUGUCAAUACUUCUCCAAAGGGUAAAGCUGCAUAUAAAACAGCAGAAUCUGACAAUGAAAACGACUGCCAAAAAUAUGUUUGUGCUAGGAACCAGAGUCUGCAAACGACCUGUACCCAGAAAAAUUCGGAACAUAAAGAAAAGUUAUUAACAGGAGUUUUGUACUCAUUGGUGACGCAUAAACAGUGAACAAUUGCAACUGGGACAUUUAUUCGGUUCCAUGACACCUUCAACCUGCCAUUGUAGAGGAUUUUGGCUCGAGAAAACUACAUGCGACGGGGCAGUGUACCUAAAUAAUAUAAAAAUUGUAAAUUCAAAAACACUUAAUGGCCUCCAUUUUGCGAAAAUAUCAAUUUGAAUAUAUCGUUCUCGAGCGGACAAUGCGAAAACAGCAGAAAACUGCUUCUUUAGCAAAAUUUCAAGCGAUAACGUAACGAAAGUUACAAUCGUGCAAAACAUAUGUGUAUCAGUAGAAAGAAUCAGCGUAUUUGGAGCUGUAUCAAACCAACAGUAACAUUUAAAGGUAAAUUUCAGUUAUUCAAUAAACAAAAGCGACAAUCGCUGCCCGUAAAGCUAAUACUAAGAUAAUAUUUGAGUUAGGCAAUAGUAUAAUGUAA